CCCACAAAUUGUCACAACUUCACUGCUGGUUGGCUGCUCUGGCAAACAGGACUGACCAACCACAACACCUGCGCACUGCUUGCUACCACACGCACGCGCGCGGACGCAAGGAUGGGGAUGCUGGACGGGCUGACGGCUGUGGUGACGGGUGGUGGUGGCGACAUUGGCCGCGCAUGUGUUGGGCGAUGCUUGUGCGAGGGCGCUGCUCUGGUGGUGAGCGUGGACAGGGUGGCGAUCGACAGUGGCAAGCUCGCGGCAGAGAUUGCGGAGUACAUGGACGGCCUCCAACCGCAGCACGCGUUCAUCGCGCUGGUCCGCGAGCGCCAAGCGGCGCUGGCACCGCAGGCGGCACAGCGAGGCAAGGCAACAAACGACAGACAAGCACUGGCGAGUCAGUACCAGGCCAUUCUGGCGCUCAUCGACGAGCGGUGCGCCAGCGCGCAGAUGGACCUUCGCAGCGAGGUGGGCGUGCAACAGAGUAUUGUGCAGGCCCUCGAGGGCAAAGUAGGAGCGGCUUCGCGUCGCAUCCACGUCCUCAUCACCUGCGCUGGUGGUGCUGUUGACCGCACUCAGUGCGACCCUGCAGACACUCUUCCAGAUGUGGUCAGCUUCACAGACCACUUCACACUCAACACCGCAACAGCCAUCAACGCUGUCCGAGCGUGCAUGCCAAUGCUCCUGCGCGGUGCGCAGAGCAACCAUGCAGACGCAAGCAACACAGGGGACGGCGCCGUGGCCCCUGCCGACCAAGUUGACCUUGAGUCCAUCAGGCCUGAACAACCGCCGGCAUUCCCAUCCUCCUGCGCUGACAAGCCAGUGGCGAGCGUGGUCUUUGUCAGCUCUGUGAAUGCAGUGAGCGGCAUUGGGCAAGUGGCGUACAGCGCAGCCAAGGCGGCCCUACAGCCGAUAGCGGCUGAUCUGUCUGUGCGCUUUGGGCGCUAUGGACUGCGUGCAAACGCCAUUGCGCUGGGCACAGUGGCCACCAUGGGCGCAUGGAAGGAGCGCGUCGCGCAUGACCCAGAGGUGUUCCGGAAGAUUGGACGUCGAAUCCCGCGCGCUCGUGUCGCCUCUGCAUGGGAAGCAGCCGGCAGCAUUGUUUCCCUCGCCAGCCCUGCCUCUGCCCUAAUCACUGGGCAGUGCAUUGUCGCGGACGGAGGAUGGUCGUUGGCGUGUGGAACAUGUGUGGUGACAAACUACAAGAAGCAAAAGCAUGGUGAAGGUGAUGGUACGACUGCUGCUGAUGACGAUGAUGAUGAUGACGGUGGUGGUGAUGGCGGUGAACCUCGACCAAAGACCUCGAAGCAGAGUACGAGCAAGCCGUGGUAUGAGCUGUGAUGAUUCGGUUUAAUUGAACUACCUUCUUGCUUGUUAUCAUGACGUGAAUAUAUCGUUCAUAUAUACGUGCAGGGAAACCCGAGCGUGAGGUCAUCAUGAAAUACAACGAAUGAUCGAGCAA